AUGAAAAAUCUUGUGAAUUUCGUGCUCCUACUGUGCAUCGCUCAUGCUUCUUACGGACGAUAUUUAGAGGAUUGGAAUCCGACAACCGAUGAAGCAUUGAUUGAAGAAGCGUUGAAAAAGUCUUUGAAAAGUAUUAGUAUUCAGCAGAAUGUCGAUCUUUCGCAAACCGAUGUAGCAGAUAUUGCUUGCGAAACACAUUUUGAAAAUGGCCUACAUAUCAAGUUAACGUUUAGUCUCGAGAAGCAAAAAUGGGAAUGCGCUUUGUAUAAAUCAUCUGUUGAAGUAAUCGGAAUCGAAAAUGCCAAAUGUGAACAAGUCGAACAAGAAAAUCCGCCGAGCAACACUCAAGAUGAACAGCAAGAACCAGUCAAAGAUAACGAAGUCGAAGCAGAUGACGAGGCUCAGAUCGAUGCUACAAGUCAACAAAAUCGCGAUAAUGAAGAAGAGCACGACGACGAAGCAGAUGUUCAACAACAAUCGAAUACGAAUACCGAACAAGAGACUGAGCAUGACGAUGAAAAGGACGUUGCUAGCGAUAACAACGAACAAAAGACACCGGAUGAAGAAAAUACCAAUAAUGAAACUAACAACAAUAACACCGAGGACAAUCAAGAGUCCAAUAACGGUGACACUAACAAUAACGAAUAA